AUUUUUCCUUUAUUUGUGUUUUCAGCUUUGCAGGGUAUUCAUGCAUGCAGAACCUUUUUUCCCCCCUCUGAUUUGUGCCCUUGCUUUAAACCAUUGUGUUUAUAUUGGAGUUGUCCUGUUUAAUCUAAUGCCACACAAUGCAGCUAUAAAUAGUUUUCUAACACUUAGGUUUAGACAACUAAUAGGUCUGUAUUUGGUCAAAAACCUAUGCUUUGGAUCUUGUGCUCAGCCUUCGCUUCCUCAGAGAACUGCUGUAACGUCAUGUAUUUAAUUUAGGUAUAUUUCAGCUUUCAUACAUAAAAAUGCAGCUCAGUCUUGUACAGCAAAAUUAAAUAAGCAUUAAGCUUAUGCCUGUGAUAACGUAAACAACCACAUACAAACACAAAUAGAAUUGUGAAUAAAAAUAAACAAAGACAUUCUAUAAACAGCACAACUUCCCUAUUUUGCAACAGACAAUGACCUUUAGCUUUAGCUCAAACACUUGCUGAUGGCAGAUGAAGCACUAUUAUUUGUAAUUGUAUUAGAAGGAUGAUACAUGUCACAGUUGUGAUCAGGGCAGAUUAUUGUUCUGUAAGUAACAAGCAUGUAUGCUUUCUAUGUUUUUUCUGUAAUAUUAUUCAUUAAAGCUGUUUAGUGAUUGUGGAUUCAUGCUCCAUUUAGUAGGGUGUUUAAAAAAAAAAAAAAAAAAAAAAAGCCAGGCUUGGUUGAAGGAAAAGGUCAGAGUCUGCCAAGAGCCUGGCAUGUGAAGUCAAAAACUGUGUAUUUGAAGGAGCUCCCGUAUGGCUUGUAGCAGACAGAAUGUGGUGUUUCUGCCCAGUGUGGAUCCUCUGCACCCUGUCCUCCACUCUGCCGGCUCAGAAACCUUUCUUGAUUUAAUGCUCGUGCUGUCACUAGCAGCAGUUUCUCUGAUUGCUUGUCUCACCACUUGAGAUUGGACUUAAACAAAAAGCACACAGUUGUAUACACAUGACUCUAAUGGCAGUCUUUUUAAUUCGUAUAUGCUUUCUUUGCAUUGGUCAUGCUAAGAGGAAACGUGCAGCAUUUUGCUUUGGCUUUGAUUACUUUGUGCUUCCCGUUCCCAAAAUUGCAUUUUGUCAUGCAGCACUUGUCAGUAUUGAAGACCAUUAUCUUCAGCAGUACUAAUACUUGAUACUAUUGUGAAGUUCUGCAUUAUAUUCAAGCAUGAGUGGAGUCUCCUGAGUCCUGAUAACAUUUAAUUUGUGACCUUUUAUCUCAGAAGUUCUUGAUCACAAUUUAGGAUAGUUUAAGGUGUGGUGGUUCUGUGCUAUGGCAACAUAGAGUAUGAAGACUGACAUGAGUGUGGAGGAUGAGAAGGAGUCUUCAUCCAGCGAGGAGGAAGAAGACGAUAGAAGACGACUCAGUGAUGAUCUCUUGGGGAAGGUGGUUUUCAUUCAGACUGGGCCAGAUCAAGCGGGCUGGUUCCAUGCCCUGGUGAUCUCUCCGAGCUGCAACGAUGACUUGACUGUCAAAAAGGACCAGUGCUUAGUCAGGUCAUUUGCUGAUUCCAAAUUUCACAUUGUGGGCCGCAAUGAAACUCAAGAAUUGUGUCUGGACACCUUGUGCAAAUCGGAGUACUCUGACAAAAACGGAUUUGAGGAUGCACUGCUCUUCCUCCAGACCAAGCAUAUUCCUGAUGCCUGGAAAAUGGACAUGAGUGAGAUCCUAGAAUCCUCGAGCAGUGACGAGGGUGAAAGCAAGGAAAGUGAGGAAGAAGAGAAGGAACCAGAGCCAGAAGAGCCUGAUGAUGAGCCAGACCCAGAAGAGCGGGACUACUUCCUACAACAGCUUUAUAAGUUUAUGGAAGACAGAGGCACACCAAUUAACAAACCUCCUGUGCUGGGCUACAAGGACCUGAACCUCUUCAAGCUUUUCAGGCUGGUUUAUCAGCAUGGUGGCUGUGACAAUAUUGAGAGUGGAUCUAUAUGGAAACAGGUCUAUAUGGAUUUGGGCAUCCCUGUCCUGAAUUCAGCAGCAUCAUAUAACGUGAAGACGGCUUAUAAAAAGUACCUGUACGGAUUUGAAGAGUACGUUCGAUCAGCUCAGAUCCAGUUCAGGACGGUGCACCAUAACGAGCCUCGGCCAGUCAUUCAGUUAGCUGUGAAGAGUGUCGAGCAGGAAAAGGAGGUUGAGAGCGAAGAACAGAUCGAUCCGAUCCAGGAGGCUAAAGCCAAGCUCGAAGCAAACAAAGAUAAACCUGAUGGCGAUGAGUCAGAUGGUGAGGAUGAGAAAAUCCGCAAAGACCUCUGCUCUCCUAGGGGCCGACGGCGCUGUACAGUGCCUCCGAUGAAAAUGGAAGGAAAAGAGCCAGUCAAACAGGAAAAGGUGAAGGAAGAGAAGAAGCGUGAAGAAGUGCGAGGAGGAGGAGGAGAAGGCAGUGGAGAAGAACAGAAGGAAAAGAGGGAGGGAGACACUUUGGGUAAGCGACGCAGUCGGCGCUUAGAGGAGUCUGACAAAGACUCUGAUGAAGAGGAUCAGGAGGAAGAUGACGACGACGAUGAUGAUGAGGAGGAUGAUGAUGACAGACACAGACUCAGAGAAAGAGAUGAGAGGGAGCAUGAUGGCGGUGAUGAAGAGUCUGAGUGCUCGGUUACUGGGACAAAAGUCAAGGUCAAAUAUGGCAAGGGAAAGACCCAGAAAAUCUAUGAAGCUAAUAUUAAGAACACAGAGACUGACGAUGGUGAAGUCCUCUAUCUGGUCCAUUACUAUGGGUGGAAUGUUAGAUAUGAUGAAUGGGUUAAAGCAGAUCGGAUAAUAUGGCCUGUCGACAAAGGAGGCACAAAGAGAAGACAGAAAAAAAAAGUGAAGAAUAAAGAUGAGGGAGAGAAGGAGGAGGACAAGCAGCCCAAACCAGUGGCAAAACGUGGCCGUCCUCCUCUUAAGUCCACCCCUCCAAGCACUUCUCGAAGUGUAUCCAAAACUCCUAACAGUGAGGGCAGAUCUGGCAUUAAACCAUCCCGGCUCUCGGAUCCUUCCACUCUUCCCAAUGGAGAGGGAACCCCACGUCGGCGCACUAGGACAACCUCGGGGAUGUACGAUUCUGACAAGGCAUCUAAUGAUUCAGGAAACUCAUCAGAAGAGAGCGAGGAUGAGGACGCUCUUGAGAAGAAGCCUGAAUGGGCAGAAACUACUGAUCCUGCUACAGCACGAAAGCAGGAGGAAGAGGAAGAGAAGGAAAAGGAAAUGCUGGAGGAGAAAAGAAGGCUGGAGGCUGCCGAAGCAGCGUGUCCCACCAUCCCUCAUGAGAAACCACAACUGCUGGAUGAAAGUGAGAUGGAUCCUGAAGAAGAAAUGGCAAUGUCGCCAGAGUCUGGAGACAGAUCGCCCAAAUCAAGAGUAAAAAGAGUUCGCCAGAGAGAAUCUGGGUCUGAGCCUCUGACACAGCUGCCUGUUACAACAAACCAUGCUGAGCCCGAGGGGCCUGGCACUCUUUCUCGCCACCCUAAGAAGCCUCAGGAUAGCGAGCACAUCAUCCCUGAAGAGCAAGUGCCUCAAACAGCUGGUUCUGACACCGAUUCAGCCACUGAAGACAUCGGUCCUCCUGAGAGGAGCUGCGCAGCCAAGCGCAAAGCCACAGAGCAUUGGUCUCCAGAAAAGAAGAUUCGCCUCGAGCACAAAGAGGAACCCAAAACUCUUUCUUCACCAGAGAAGAAAUCAGACACUGAAAGACCAUUCGAUGAUGUUCAGGAAACGGAAGAACCCCUUGCACCAUCAGUUCCAGCAGUUGUAGCUCCUCCUGAAGAACUAGAGGUUAAAACAGAAAUGCCUGCUCUUACCAAAGAAGUCCAGAUAAGAGUAGAACCUCUUGUAAGCCUGUGCACAAUGAAGGAGGACUCUUCAGCCAUCACUGAUGAGGAGAUGAUGCCUCAGAUAGGCCCAGAGGCACUGGUUUGUCAUGAGGUAGACCUAGAUGACCCCGAAGAAAAGGAGAAGCCAUCAGGAGAGGAGUUACUGGUGCUGAGGGAGGAGAAGACUCACGUUCCCACAUCAGCUGUAGUUCAGGUGCCACCCCAACAGCCUGCCUUUCAUCUCCCUUCCAGCCUAACAGCAGCAGCACCUCCUCAGCUGUCAUCUCCAUCCUCUGCCCCCAGUCCAGACGAGUCUCACAGCACCAAAAGUGAGAGCGAUGCCACCAUUGAAGCAGACAGCAUGGCUGAGUCACAUGAGGGGCUCGGGGAAAACUUUGACGCCAGUGCAAGCUCCAGCAACUCCAGCAUUUCUCUGCAGGAGAGGGAUACUAAAGACAAAGGUCAGAAAAGAUUGCACGACUGCAGCAGUGGCUCAUCUACUAAGAAGCAAAAACGUAACCAGAAACGGCUAGGAACUGCUUCUGGUGCAGAAAAGAAUGGAGCAGGUCAUAGCAGUGACAGUGAAGACCUGUCUGCCAUGGACACCUCUAAUAAACUGACUCCAGUAAAACACUCUAACCUGGCCAAGGCUCAUAAGCUGUCUCGCUCUCCUGGCCACGCGUCUCCCAGCAGCAAAGACAUGGAAAAAGACAAGCACAAAGACAAGCAGUCCUUCCCUUCUCCACGCACAUACAAAUGGACUUUCCAGCUGAAUGAGCUAGACAACAUGUCAAGUACUGAGAGAAUUUCUUUCCUACAAGACAAACUUCAGGAAAUCCGAAAAUACUACAUGUCCUUGAAAUCUGAGGUCGCCUCCAUCGACAGGAGGCGGAAAAGAUUAAAAAAGAAGGAGAGAGAAGUGUCCCACACCACAGCAUCUACAUCCUCUGGCUCAUCAGACACCGGCAUGAGUCCCUCCUCAGCUUCGCCCACUCAGAACACUGUAGCUGUGGAGUGCAGAUCAUCAUCUGUGUAUUCAGAAGUGUGUAUGCAAGUCUGGUGGUGACUUCUGUUGUCUAAU